UGAUUGGUCAGAUGUAAGGUUUGUUUCAGACAUGGCCGAAACAGCAGGAGAGGAAGACCAAGGUGGAAAAUAUCUGCACAAAGAAAGAAUAAAGUACAGCCCCGAGGAAGAAGCAAGCCUGGAAAGACAACACUUCUGGAGGAUAAUCGAUGCUUUUAGGUUUUACAGAGUCCAUGUCCAAGAACAUGUCAACCGGGCCGAGCGUCAGUUCCGGAGCCUACCAUCACACCACCAGAGGUUGUUGCCAGGGGUUUUGCCCAACUUGGCUCGACUCAGGCAGUGUGCAGACCACAACCAGGAGGUGUUGCAGGCUAUAAUUCACAACAGCCUUGACAUGUUUGAAAACAUGGAGUACAGCGAGAGGGGGGACCCGAGGAAGGUGCAUCCUACUUCUACAUUUGACAUGGAUAAGCUGAAGUCCACCAUAAAGCAGUUUGUCAGGGACUGGAGUGAGGCGGGCCAGGCUGAGAGGGACACCUGCUACCAGCCCAUUAUCAAAGAGAUACAAAGACUUUUUCCAAGUGACCAAUACGAUGUGUCUAAGGUGAGCGUGCUGAUUCCGGGUGCUGGGCUUGGACGUCUAGCAUGGGAGAUAGCUUGUCUGGGUUACACAUGCCAGGGCAACGAAUGGAGCCUCUUCAUGCUCUUCUCGUCAAACUUUGUUCUCAACAGGUGUGAAGAGGUGAACGCUCUGACUCUGUACCCUUGGAUCCACCAGUUUAGCAACAACAAGAAAUCCUCUGACCAAACACGAUCAAUCCAAUUUCCUGAUGUCAACCCUCAGAAUUUGCCACUAAAUUCAGACUUCUCCAUGGUAGCCGGAGACUUUGUGGAAGUCUACACUGAACCUGAAUGCUGGGACUGUGUGGCAACCUGCUUCUUUAUUGACACAGCUCAUAACGUCAUUGAUUAUGUAGAGACCAUUUGGAAGAUUCUGAAGCCUGGUGGAGUGUGGAUUAACCUGGGUCCGUUGCUGUAUCACUUUGAGAACAUGGCCAAUGAGCUUUCAAUUGAACUUAGCUAUGAAGAUAUUAAGAAAGCAAUGGUGAGAUUUGGCUUCCACAUUGAGGUUGAGAAAGAUUCGAUGCAGACAACCUACACAGAAAAUGACCGCUCUAUGUUAAGGUACGUGUAUGACUGUGUUUUCUUCGUAGCACGGAAACCUGCAGAUCUGUGUUUUAACAAUCAAGAGGACGACCAACACCCAAGUUCUCCACCGGCUGCCAAGUCACUGCGACGAGAAAGCACUGACAGCCUAACGUGACAGAAAGUCUUUUGACAAAAACUGAACUUAAAAUGUGUAAAACCAUAAGAUAUGAGAAGACUGAACUGGCACAGAAAAAGAAGUAUCAUCGAAAGUGUUUUUAUUUUAUUUUAAAUGUUUUUAUGAUUCACCUGAUGGAGAAAUGUACCCAUUUCCACUGGACUCAACCUGACUCUGUUUAGAGAAUAUGGUAUUGAAUAUUGCAGUUGUAGUGUAUAUGUAACGUGUGAAAAGUGGAAAUGACUGAGUUACAUUUAGCAGCUGUUUAGUGGGACAGUGUGCCAACUACACAAGAAAUGUAUUAAGGCCUGAAGCAUCAUUGACUAUUUUUCACUGCCUGUGUGUGAAUGUGUGUGUCAAAUGAGCAUAAGGGAACAUUUGCUUGUUAAAUCUUAGUCUUUUUUCUCAUUUGCAUUGAUUAUUAGCUAGUUUUGAAAAUUAAAACAAUAAAACCAGACAUUUUUAAACCGUGA